CCUUCUUAGCAGAUUGAGUGAAAACAGCUGUUGCAGUGAGAGUAGUUGACUGUUGAGUAUUGUGUUAGUGUGCGGUGAGAGUAGUGGUAUAUUUUGAAUUUAGGUCGUGGUUGUGUAACAAGUGUAAACAGAUGACAAAAUGACCAGUACAAAUUCGAGAGAAGUUAAAUAUAUUUACCAACUACCAUACUAUGAACACAAAGAGCUGUGCCGUUUGUUGGAUCACAAUGACAAGUGGGAAGAGCUUGGUGGAAAACAUAUGAAUUUUGACAUGAUGACAAUCCAUGAAUUACGGAGAUUUUUUGUAAGAGGUUUGUCACCUUCUGAGGAACUGCUCAACAGAUGGGGUCACCAAAACCAUACUAUACUGGAACUGUUUGCUCUGCUGUCAAAAAUGUGUUACUACAGAGCAAUGAUGAUCUUGAAACCAUUUGUUGAUCCACAGUACCAUCACUUUAUAUAUGAAGGAGAGCAGUUUCUGGACUUAACUGAACGUGCCAAGUACUUGGAGGAAUUAAAAAACAAUAAAUCAAAUGUGCCAGUCUUAUCACCUUCUGUUGUUCCUCAAGCAAAUUCCAGUGUUGCUGACAAGGACUUGCAUGUUGGAAUUCAUAACCUGAAUCUUCCAUCUGAGGCAGCUAGGAGGCCUGCAUCCAAACUUAUCUUCCCACCUACCACUUCAUCCUCAGAAGCCAAAGCACCAAACACAGUGGUGCAACGAACAGAACAAUCAGGAAACAUCUCCAAUGACAACAAUGAGUAUGCUACUGUGGAUGCAGGUGCUGUCAAUGCGGGCAGCCCAGCUGUGAACACGCCUGCUGCACCUGAAGUUGCUGCAGCUGCUGAGCCAGAGAAUAAGGACAGCAAUGUUCCAGGGAUAAAUACACAGCGCAAAAUGUCCAAUGCUUCAGAUGUGUCAUCAAUUGCUGAAUCCUGUGGCACCAUACCUGAUAUUCCAUACAAAGAGCUGAUGGUUGCUACAAAUGGUUGGGACAAACAUACAAUUCUUGGAAAGGGUGGAUUUGGCACAGUGUUUAAAGGAAUAUGGAAAAAUACAUCUGUAGCAAUCAAAAGACUUGAACAGAGAACAGAAUCUGAUGAGAGUUACCAGGCUCAGAUCGAGCAAUCAUUGCGUGAGCUGAGAGUUCUGAAUGCAUGCCGACAUGACAACAUAUUACCUAUUUAUGGCUUCAGCAUGGGUGGAGAUGAGCCUUGUCUUGUGUACCAGUACAUGCCUAAUGGAUCUGUUGAAGAUCGUCUUCUUUGUCGAAAUGGCACUCCUCCACUGUCAUGGGAUCAGCGUCACAAUAUUGCUGAAGGGACGGCAAGAGGUCUUCAGUUCUUGCACAACAACAAAAAACCAUUUAUCCAUGGUGAUAUAAAGAGUGCCAACAUACUACUGGAUACCAACUUUGAACCGAGGAUUGGUGAUUUUGGGCUUGCACGUGAUGGUCCACAGGGUCAUUACACUCACAUGAAAGUGAGCCGAGUCCAUGGUACCCGCCCCUAUCUACCUGAUGAAUUCCUGCGUUCAAAACAAAUUUCCACAAAGGUUGAUACAUACAGUUUUGGAAUUGUUCUCUUUGAGCUGGCUACUGGUCAAAGAGCAUACGAUGAGUCGAGGCAGAAAAAAUUUUUGAAAGACCAUGUGGAGGCGUGUGAAGAUCAACAGAUCCUCACAUUAGCUGAUAGGAAAGCAGGCCCUUGUGAUCAGGCAACAUUUCUAGAACUGGUGGAGCUGGGCAAAUUGUGUGUCCGCAAGCGUGCAAAAGAUAGACCUGAAAUGGAGGAAGUAUUGAAGCAGCUUGAAGGCAUGUCUAAUCGAAGACGUAUUGCAUCACGUGCUCAGAAUAUGGUUCGCCAGUUGACACCUUCAACCCCUUAUGAGUUGCAACUCCUGCAUGACAUCUGCAGCCAACAGCGCCGCAUGUCCAGCCCGUCAGCCAGUCCUGCUGCUUCCCCUCAGCCAUACGCCGUGCCUGAUUUGACCCAUGGAGCUCCAAACUUGCCUUUUAUUUCCCCACUGUAUCACCUCCAGCAGCAGCAGCAACAGGUGUUACCACAGCAACAGCAGAUUCCUGGGGGAUUGGCAUCUCCUGUGCUGCCCAACAAUCGAUUUUUUGAUGUGGUCAGUAAUGGGAAUGCCCAAAAAAUGAAUGUGCAUCCUGAGGAUGAAAACAGACUAGUGUACAAUAUUCAGAGGAAUGUACCGUCUCCUCUUCCUUAUGAAGGGAACUUCAAUAAUAUUAUUGAAACAGCUGUUCCAAAUGAAAUGAAAUUGAAUGGUGUUGUUGACUCAGUCAUCCUCAAUACACCCAGGAAGCAAAAUGUCCACCCCAAUGGUGGUGGCAGUAUAAAUCCAUUUCAGAUGAAUAGUUUGCAGAAAGCAGUGAAUUUAGUUGCAAAUGGUGCAGCUGAUAAUUUGAAUAUUGAUGGGCAAAUUCUGAAUUUGCCUAGUCAUCCAACUGUGCUUCCUAGCUUGAUUAAGACAUCUGCAGAGUCUGUUGCAUCACACCUUGGACAAAAUGACUUUGGACUGCCAUUGACAAUUACAGCUGCUGCACCACUGAUAGCCGUUACACCACCAACAGCCAGCUCUUUCUCCAAGCAUAUACCAGUUGCCGAAGAAUCCCAAAGUCAAAAUAACAGUAAAUCAGAGAAGGUAGAAGAGAGGGAUGCUGUGCUAGUAGUGAACAAUUUUACACCUGGAGAGGCAAGUGUUGGUGGCCUGCCGUUACUCUCUGCACUUGGAAUUAAGAGUGCAGAUAACAUCAGAAGUGACAGUAACAAUGCAGACAGUUCCAGUGUUAAUGAAAGUACAGACAUGUUGUGAUAACACUGCCGUAAUAACAUACUGAACAUCUUUCCAUAACUGUUAAUAGUAUGUAUUUGACAUUUAUGCAGCAGAUUCCAUUUGUUAAUAUUAAUAUUAAAUUUAAUUUUCCAGAGAAUGUAGAGGCUUGUCCUAUUUAAGUAUAAUGUAUGAACCAUACAUAAAGGUCAACAUUUUAAUGUGAUGAAGGAUCAGGACUAGUUUUAUUCCACCAAUUUCUGAUAUUUCGACUCAGUUUUAGGCUAUCAUUGCGUGCAUGAUGAGAGAUAGCUAGAGGGAUGCUAAUCAGUCAACCAGCAUUUACGAAUUUUGUCACUUUAAUGCAGAUUUAUGGAAGGUGGACAGAAUCUUCUGGACACUAAGAAACAAGCUUUCAUAUAGAAACUCUUAAGCACAUGCAACGGAAAUCAGUGGGCUCAAGGUAGUUUAGUAUAGUAUCGUGUUUUCCCUCUGUGCCUUCAUUUUACUUGGCAGCUUUAAGCUAAAAAUGAAUUGUCAUGAAGUUACUAUGUGAAUGGUUAGCUAACCAUGUUUUCUCCCCAAGCAUUCAUUUAGUCCUGUGACAUGUUAGUUCUCAUACUUGGCACCAUAAAAUUUGGAUGAAAUGUUGGUGAUUCUCAUAGUAUAGAAAUUAAUAUAGUUUCACUGUCCACACCCAUAGCUGAGUGGUCAUCAUCAUGGAUUGCCAUCCUAGGUGCCUGGGUUUGAUUCCCGGCUGUCUCGGGAAUUUUCUCCGCUCAGGGACUGGUUGUUGUGUUGUCUUCAUCAUCAUUUCAUCCCUAUCCUGUGCGCAGGUCGCCCAGUGCGGCAUCGGAUGUAAUAAGACCUGCACCAAGGCGGCCGGACCUACCCCGCAAGGGGCCUCCCGGCCAAUGACGCCAAAUGCUCAUUUCCAUUUUCACUGUUCACAGUUUACAAAAUUUGAAAUUAAUCUAUCUGGAAACUGUAUCUGUGAAUUUUGUUGUAAUUGUCUGCUGUUUUUCCCUUAACAGUUUCUGAGGGGGCCAUCUCAGAAGCAGAGAAUGUAAGUUCCACUUGCAUAAUGACAAACCUCUCUCGUCAUGUUUUGCAUUGUAAGUACCAAGAUUGAAAAUGAUUUGCAGAAUUACUGAAAGCUCAAAUGUCUCUAGUAAUUGAAGCAGUAAUUGUUUCUCCAAGGUGAAGUUGUUGUUGGUGGCUGUUAUGUACUGGGAACCGUAUAAUCACUUAUUUUUCACAAAAGCCUCAAAACAUGAUGGAAAAAAGAAAGAAAUCUGAUAAUGGCUCUGUUUCUAUGCUACAGUAUCAUUUGAUCAUAAAUCAAAUUAAAUUUUUAUCAUAAUGUGCUUCAUAGAAGCAAAGAUACAGUUUUGUCAAUUCUAUCACUACAAACAGGCUAAUGAAAUUAACAUCCCUUAAACUUCCAAGCUGAUAGACUGUGCACAUCUUCAGAGCUAAAGUUUACAUUGUAUAGUAAAAUUAAUCUAAAGUUAUAAUACAUAUGGCGUUACAUAUAGACAGAUACCAUUUUAAAUGGUUAUCGUUCAAGAAAUCUUCUACUUUAUAAUAUAGAUUACUUUUCAUUUAUUUUUCCAGGUCUGUUUCAGUAUUUUUUAUAUUUGGUUCACACUUUCUCUUUCUUAUUUUGGGGAAGUCUGUGACUUGUUUUUGAGUAGAGAGCAGAGAAAUGAAAAUUUGUGCUUGGUACAGUGCAUCAGUUGUGCUUUCUGAUUCUGUGAGAACUUAACAUCAUUAUUAUCAUGUUUUCUUUUUGGGGCCAUUAGACACCACACCAAGUAACUAUAAGGAAUUUCUGGAAGCCUUUUUUGCAGCCCAAAAGUGUUACACUCUUGCCUUGGCCACCUGCCUUCUCUCGUCUUUCCAGCUGUGAUUUUGCUUGUGCUCAUCAUGUAAGCCCUUACAAUUGUUGAACAGUGAUCUGUAUUUUGAUCAAUUAUGGAUGUCUUUCUGAUUCAGUCCAUUACUCUUGAGGUCCUUCCUCAUUGUCUUGAAUCAUUUAUUGGAGACUUUGCAGUCUUGGAACUUGACAUGUUGCCCAUCAUAAAGCAUGAUCAGAAGUGGAAAUAAAUGAUAGAAAAACAAACAAAUCCUAAGGCUAUAUGUGUAUGGAAGCUUGUAUCGUUGCAAUUGUACUUUGACACUUACCCAGUCAGUCACCGAGCCACAUGCAAUGCAUUCUAAGUACAGAGAUUUAAAAAUUUUCUUGUUAAAGUGGUGCUUUAAUUUGGCAAUGUAUUUCACGUUAUAACUGUUUGCAUAAAAAUACUUGUCAGAGUGGUAGAAAAAACUGUGUGUGUCAUUUUUCUGACACAGAAUGUAUUGUAAUUUGUAUCUCCUCUUCUUGAUAUUCCAUUCCUUUCCUUGUUUCUUAUAUUACAUUUAUAUGAAAAUUUGACCAAACUGCUUUUUACGGGAGAUAUGAAAGCAUUUCUUAAAUUCAUGUCACUUAUUAAUUUUAUAUGCUAUGUAUCUGUUUCAAAAUUUGUUUUUGUAUAAAGGGAAAAUUUUGGUGUUAGUGUGUUAACAGGAUAUUUUUGCCAUGUAUUAACAUUCUUUGAGGGAAAAGAAGUCUAGGUAGUGUGGAGUAAGAGAAGAUGUAUCAUGGAGGCCCAGAAGCUGUCUCUUUCAUUUAUUUUAUCAGAAUGAAGUGGAGAUAAGGAAUAUGUUGUUGGAAACUACAUGUUGCUUUUAGGCAUAAUCAUAAUUAUUUACAAAAAUGAGAAAAGUUUGAUGAUGGUGGUUAAUGGAUAAAUAUAUGGACAAGAAAAGCUAUCUAAAGCAAACACAGUAUAACUGUUAAAUAGGUGUGAAUUAAAUUGACAGUUUUUGUCCUCUUUACUUUGUGUGUUACAAGGAGAGUACAAGUGAUUUUAGUACUGAAGCUAAUGUGCCUGUUCUAUAUACAGUGAAUUUAAAUUUUGAACUAAAAUAAUAUUUUAGAUGAAAUGAAACAUGAGUAAUUGUAGAGUGAAUCUCCAAACACUGUGCUCUUUCUUGUUGUUUCUGAUGAUGCUGAAGAUGUGAUCUCCUCCGAGUAACUCUUAAAAUUGAUUGAUUAUUAUGUACAUAUUUUUACAAACCAGUUCUAAUGAAGAGGAGAGAAGAGAGGCAAAUAGAUAUUUUAGAAAUUUCUAUUUUUAGAGAAAGAUUUUAUAUAUUAUUAAAGAACUGAGUGAAAUGAUUUUCAAGAGCAAAUGUGAUAAUUAUAAUGCUUGCUUAAAGUCUGCAUACUGUUUUGUUAAAGAAGCUGAGCAUAAUGCAGAUAAGAACUCUAUUUUUUAUUAUACUGUUAUUGUGGUUAGGAAGAGGAUUUAAAAACAUAUAAUGCCACAUAGUGAGGAAAGAUUUAUAAGAAAAAAGCAAAAUAAAAGAAAACGAAAAACAUUUCUGUGUUAAUGCUAGUCUUACUUUUAAGGGAAUUGUAAUAUCAAAUGUUAGAUAUUUUUGAGAAUAUAUUU